AUGCACAACAACCAGGCCCCCUUCGUCACUGUAGCCAAGGUCGACGUGAACAAGUUGGUCCCCCUUGUAGAAGACAUCCAGGUGGGCAAGGUUACCCUAGGCGUGCAGUACGAUACAGGAUGCCAACUCAGCAUCAUCUCCAAAUCAGCACUUUCAGCUCUGCCCCCUUCAAUGUACUCCCUUGGGACCUCCUCACAAAUAAGAAUGAUAACCUAUGCAGGUGAGGGGAAGACUAUCCUCACCACUGCAGUCAAAUUAAGAUUACCUGGGGCAACCUUGACCCUCUCCGCCAUUGAAGAAGACCUCAACAACGGAUCUGGUUUCUCAUUCCCGGUCCCCAGCAAGUGGAGGUCACUGAUGGGAUCCUCGACUGCGCAACACUCAGGACAGGUCUCUAUAUUACUGGGUGGAGACAAUAAUUUCUAUUUUCCCAAGGAGAUUGAACGGGACUCUCAAGGUUUAGCACUAUACCAAAGCAAACUGGCUUCAAACCACCUGAUCUACGGCCCCAUCUCUCCCAACAACAUCACCUGGUCGGAGCCAAUCAUCUCGUCCUCCACCAAGACUGUGUCCAUCCACUCUGUAAAUGUCCAGGCUUUGCAAGACAGCCCCAAUCCAGUCUCUCCUACCAAUCUGGGACCUCCAACCAAACCUGAUCCGCCCACCCAUCCAAUUCCUCUUUCCAGCCCUGACCCUCCAUCUAAUCCCGUCUCACCUACCAAUCCAAGACCUACAACUAAACCUGAUCUGCCCGCCUAUCCAAUUCUGCCCUUCAACCCUAAUCCUCCAAUCAAUCAAGACUCUCCGCUCAAACCAGAUCCUCUAAACAUUCUGGAACCUACAACCAAACCUGAUCCGCCCACCCAUCCAAUUCCUCUUUCCUGCCCUGAGCCUCCAACCAAUCCCGUCUCACCUACCAAUCCAAGACCUACAACCAAACCUGAUCCGCCAACCUAUCCAAUUCCUCCCUUCAACCCUGAUCCUCCAAUCAAUCCAGCCUCUCCGCUCAAUUCAGAGCCUCAAAAAAAUCUGAGACCUACAACCGAACCUGACUGGCCCACCCAUCAAACCCCUCUUUCCAACCCUGACCCUCCUACCAAUCCAGGACCUCCAACAGGAUCUGAUCCGGCUACCACUCUAGCCUUCCUGCUCAAACUAGAUCCUCCAUUUGUACCUGAUCCGUCUACAAACACUGUUUACUGA